AUGAUAGCAAAAUAAAGUUUUUUGAAUAAAUUUAGUAGAUAUCUAACUUCAAAGAAGAUUCUAUAUUAAUUCAACACAUCAAUUUAGAUUGAUAAACAUGAAUAUGUUGAAGUAUUUUUUUCUGAUUCAAAUGACAUACAUUACAACCUGUCUCUAGAGCAGCUCCUCUAUGAGAAAGACUUAAAAGUGCCUCGUCUGAUGCUUUGGAAAAAUAAAGAUUCAGUUAUUAUUGGAAAAUAUUAAAAUCAAUGGUAAGAGUGCAACAUGUUCAACUUAUAUGAAGAUUAGGUGCCUUUUGUAAGGAGGAAAACAGGAGGUGGAACUGUUUAUCAUGAUAUGGGUAACAUUUGCUUCAGCUUUAUUACACCAAUAUAUAGUAAAGAUAUAUAUCCUCUGGAUCCACGCUAAUAUAAUGUAUAAAUUCUGCAAAACGCAAUGAGGAAUAUUGGAAUAGAAACAGGAUUGACUGCGAGAAAAGACUUAACUAUCCAUUCUAAGAAAAUAUCUGGCUCUGCUUAUUAGGCCAAUAUGCCUAACAAGUAUGGAGAGGGUAAAAAAUGUUUACAUCAUGGAACCCUUCUAGUUGAUGCCAAUUUAAAUAGGCUUUGGAGGUAUCUAAAGCCAAAAGAAAAAUAAAUUAAAAGCAAGGCACAAGAAAGUGUUGUAUCAUAAGUUUGUAAUAUUAAAGAUAUUUAUCCAAAUAUAUAAGAAGAUAUGAUUUAUAAAAGUAUUAUUGACUCUUUUUCUAAUUUUUUUGGUGUUUAAAACUGUAUUACUAAGCAUUUUGAAUAUAAAACUAUGAUAAAUGAACCAUUUAUUAAGGAAUAAAUAAAUGAGUUCAAAUCAUGGGAAUGGAUGUAUGGUAAAACUCCUAAAUUUGAAAAUGAUAUAAUAAUUCCAUUAUCUCAUGGUGAAGUUUAAAUAUUAAUAGAACAAGAACAAGGUUUUAUAAGCAAAAUGGAAUUCAAAUUUGAUGAUCGCAUAUUUUAUUAUGCUGAAUAAUUAUUGAAUGAUCUUUUUUCAAAAUAAAAAAUUGCAUAUGGGAUUAGUGAAGUUGAGAAAAGCAUUAUCGAAAAUGUUCUCUAAAAUGAUUCUGUUCUCUCUCCUUAUGAGAGCGAAAUUAUCAAAAAUGAGAUUUUACCUGCACUCUCUCAUUUACUGUGA